AUGACGAGUAACGGAUUUAUAGCCGUCCACGUUGGAGCAGGACAUCAUUCCGAGUCAUUGAAAAAAAAGUAUCAAAAAUUGUGCCGAGACGCCUGUAAAAUAGGCAUCGAGUGUUUGAAAGACGGCGGACGUUCUCUGGACGCGGUAGUUGAAGCAACAAUGAUUCUAGAGGAUUCAUCACUGACCAAUGCUGGUUUCGGGUCGAAUUUGACUUUGAAUGGUGACGUAGAGUGCGACGCGAGUGUCAUGGACGGUAAUAAAUUAUUAUUUGGAGCAGUGGGAGCUGUAAGUGGUAUAAAAAAUCCAGUAUGUUUAGCAAAACGUCUAUGCGAGCAUCAAAGCAGUAAGAUAAGUUAUGGCAGAGUACCACCCAGUGUUCUAGUUGGACCUGGAGCCCAAGUAUGGGCAUCAGAAAUGGGCAUCGCAACUUUACCAGCAGAGGAAUUAAUUUCCACAAAAGCUAGAAAAAUUUACCAUCAUUAUAAACGUAAGCUAGAUGACAAAGACACGAGUAAAAUAUCAAAGCGUAGAAUGGACACUGUGGGAGCUGUUUGUGUUGAUGCUUAUGGAAAUGUUGCUGCUGCUUGUUCUAGCGGAGGAAUUAUUUUAAAAUAUCCGGGUCGAGUUGGACAGGCGGGAAUGUGGGGCUGCGGUGUAUGGGCACACAAUGGCGCUUGUUCAGUUGCUGCCAGCACUAGUGGAUGUGGAGAACAUCUGAUAAGGACUACGUUGGCUAGGACGAUUGCUGAGGCUAUUACUGGAGCUGCUGAUCACGUUCCGAGGCUACACGAUACCAUGAAAAAUAGUUUUUUGGAAUCGGAAUUUCUUGAUGGGCUUGAAUCAAAAUUAGGCGGCGCUAUUGCGCUGAGAUAUUCUAGUGAUGAGGCUACUGGUGAUUUGCUAUGGACACAUUCCACAAAUUCAAUGAUACUGGGACACAUGAGCUCACAUGACGCGACACCAAAGAGUUGUGUUUCUUCGUUGGACGAUGAACUUGUUGGUAAAAAAGCCGUUGUCGAGGGUAUAUGUUUUAGAUUGUAA